GUCUCAUUGAACGAUCAAGAAGUAACCUACACUCUACAAAGCUUUAUUUGGCAUUGUAAAACAGCACAUAUAAACCUCACAUUUAAAUCAGAGCAACAUGAAGACUGCCCCAAUUGUUGCAGCUAAUACACAAAUUGGUGUACUUCUGAUUGGAACCGGUUUUGUUGGUUAUUUCUUUAAAGAGCUUCGCGAUUAUAACUCUGGAAAUUCUAUAUUAACCGAUGACGAUGCUUAUGAUCGUGGAGCAUAUGGAAGAUUCGAGUUCUACCUGUUCUCCACCUGUAUUGGAGUGAUCAUAUCAGUUCUUUCGAUUUUGGGAGCAGCUACAGGGAUAGUUGGGAAAAUGGGUGCAGGUUUAGCCAUGGCAGCGGUUCACGCAUUAUGGGCACUGCAACUACUGGUCUCAACAGCUCUGAUGGCUAAAGUCCUGGCUACAUACGAAGAGAAUGUAUUCCAAUGUGAAACUUGGGAAGCGCUGAAGUUAGAUCUCAACUGUAAACAUCUGAUUGGUGGAGUUGUAUGUGGUUUCAUCGGAGCUGUCAUCUUUAUGGUGAAUACGGUCGUCUACCUUUUUUGGUCGAGAAAGUCAACUGAGUAGAAGUUGGCAAUAAGAUUGCAGACGCCAUACUCCUUCACUUCAAUUUUUAACGAUUCUUCUCAGAAACUAUUUCUUAAUCUACACACUGAUGUGGAAACGUGCAUGACUUUGAGGUAUAUCUCGUGAAUUCACCGUUCGUAUAUAGAACCUAGUGCAUGAAGUAAAAUGUAGCCUGGAUUAAUAUAAUAAAAUUUUUCC